AGUGCCAUUCAGAUCAUGGCUUGUGCACACCUGAGGCUGAAUGUACAUGAGAGAGAGGAACAAAUUCUGGCAUUAAUUUUUGAAGAGAUGACAAAGCUCCCAGUAUUUAGUACACCCUCCACUGGUGGCUAUCGUGGCAACCCUAACACCACACAGAGAGAUCUUUGCCAUGGCAGAGUACCUGUGGUUUGAAGGGACACCAUUUCCUCCUUUGGCUUUCAAAACUGAAACCAUCAGAGCAUGUCGUGAUAAGUUUGUGAUGAAGGAUGAAGACACAGUCAUACUGACUUACCCUAAAUCAGGAACUAAUUGGUUGGUUGAAAUUGUCUGUUUGAUACACACCAAAGGGGAUCCCAAGUGGAUCCAAUCUGUGUUCAGCUGGAGACGCUCACCCUGCCUAGAAAGCAACAACGGUUAUGCCUUACUAGAAAACACAGAGGGUCCGCAUCUCAUGAAAUCCCAUCUACCCUUCCGUCUCUUCCCCAAGUCUCUUUUUAAUUCCAAGGCCAAGGUGAUUUAUGUCAUCAGAAAUCCCAGAGAUGUCCUUGUGUCUGGUUACUUUUUCUGGAAAGACUCAAAGCUUCAUAAGCAUCCGAAGUCCCUGCAGGAGUAUCUAGAAUGGUUCAUUGAAGGAAACGUGCCGUAUGGAUCAUGGUUUGAGCACAUCCGAGGCUGGAUGUCCAUGAGAGAGAGGGACAACUUCCUGGUACUCAGUUAUGAAGAGCUGAAAAAGGACACCCGAGGAACUAUAGAGAAGAUCUGUCAGUUCCUGGGAAAGAAAUUAGAGCCAGAAGAACUGGAUUCAGUCCUCCAGAAUAGCUCUUUCCAGGUCAUGAAGGACAACAAGAUGUCCAAUUUUUCCCUUGUCCCUACACAUUAUUUUCCUAAUGGUGUACUGCUUAUGAGAAAAGGCAUCUCUGGUGACUGGAAGAAUCACUUCACUGUAGCUCAAGCUGAAGCCUUCAAUAAAAUAUUCCAGGAGAAGAUGGCAUGUUUUCCUCCAGAGUUUUUCCCAUGGGAAUAAGGCCCCAAAUAUUCAGAAUCUUAUAUUGCCUUUCUGCCUUUGUACCUGUGUAUGAUUGACAGUUGCCUUGAAAUAGAGCCCAUUAUGUAAUCUUAGAACCAUGAGUUAUCAAAUAUCUGCUGUGCAUAGUAGUGUGGGUUGGCAGUUUCUGUCUUUCAGAUUUUGAAAUGAUCAUUUUAAGCUCUACUGUCAUUUCCAGUUUCUCCUGAUAAACUGUAAUUAUUCCAA